AUGGACCACGGCGACAGGAGGAGCGGCGCGGCGGCCAGGCCCUGGCGCGGCGCCGGCGUCGCGGAGGGGGCCGGUGGCCCGCCGCCGCCCAAGGUGUACCGCGUGGAGCCCAGGGACUUCCGGGAGCUCGUGCAGAGGCUCACGGGCGCCGGCACGCCCGCCGCCGCCGCCGCGCCGGGGCCGGCGCACCAGAGGGCGACGCUGACGCCGGCGGCCAUGGUCGAGGACAGCAGGCGCGCCCAGGCCGCGGCGGCCGUGCCCGUGCCCGGGGCAGAGCAGUUCGACUACGCGUCCUGGUUCUCCGCGCCGCUGUUCAGCCCGGCGGCGUACGGCGCGCCGGGCUUCGGCGGCGGCCACCAGCAGCACCAGGGGAGCAGUGGGCCUCUGCUUUAG